AUGUCGAAAGAGCACCUUUCGGUGGUCAUCUGCGGCCAUGUGGACUCGGGCAAAAGCACCCUAGCUGCCCGAAUGCUAUUUCAGCUUGGUGGCGUGCCAGAGCAGGAACAGGGAACUUAUAUGUCAUACCCAGCAUGCCCUCACUUGUUCUUGGACUGUUCCACAGAAGAGCGCGAGAGAGGCAUCACUAUCGCUUGCAAGAGGAGGGAGUUCUUGACCGAGACGUGGCGGUACACGCUGAUUGACGCGCCCGGUCACAGGGACUGCAUCAAGAACAUGCUCAGGGCCGCAUCGCAGGCGGACACUGCCAUCCUUGUCGUGCCAGCUCGUCAAUUAUUCGCGGAUACCUUGGCGCCCGAGGGAGGUACACGUCAGCAUGCCCAACUCCUGAGCUUCCUGGGCGUGAACCAGCUCUGUGUCGCUGUCAGCAAAAUGGACUACGAAGUUCCUUCCUUCAGGCAGGAACGCUUCGAAGAGAUCAAGAGUCAGAUUCAGCGGGUGCUGCUGAGGGUGGGAUGGAGACGGAAAUUUGUGGAGAACACGCCGAUCAUUCCAGUUUCCUGCCCUCCGGGACCGGAAACCAACCUCAUAAGUCCCUGCAGUCACAUCAUGCCGUGGUGGACUGGGCAGGAAGUGGAAGUAGAUGGCAGAGUAUGUCGCGUCCGCACUUUGUAUGAUGUGCUGGACAAAGUCUUCCGGCCACCUGCGCGCAAGACUGAUGCAGCACUUUGCAUGCCAGUAUCAAACAAAUACCGCAUACCUGGUGUCGGGGAUGUCGUGCUUGGGCGGCUUGAAGAAGGUACCCUGCAGCCGGGAGACCAAGUCCUCUUUCUUCCAGAUCGCGGCAUGGACAGGAACUGCUCGGCAUCUGCCAAAAGCAUUGAGAUGCAUCACGAGAGGCGGGAUGCAGCAGCUGCAGGCGACAUUGUUGGCGUGCACAUCGCUGACCUUCGUUGCCUGCCCGAAACUGGCGACGUGAUGUUCCGCGCCUGCGAUGUGAUUGGUCGGAACGUUCUUCGCCUCGAGGCGCAAGUGAUCUUCGUUGGCAACGGAUCUCCGGUGAAACCUGGCUACUGUCCCCUUGCUUUCGCCCGCUGCGGCCAUGCUCCCUGCCGUAUUGUUGCCAUCCAAUGGAAGAUGUCGAGGCGAAGUGGUCGACAGGCUGAGAAGGUGGAAGGUCCCACAUCUUUAGGCCGAAAAGAACUCGGGCUCUGCACCUUCGAGCCGCUGCGGCCGUUUUUCUGUGAUAGCGUUGAUGUGACACCCAGCUUAUCGCGUAUCAUCUUUUUGGACGGCAACGUUCCUGUCUUGCUUGGUAAAGUGGUAUGCUGUCAUCAUACAGAAGCAGCAGAUAAGGGCGGCAAGAAGAAGUGA